ACAGGCUUAAACACUUGUGAGCCUUAUAAUUUGAUAUAGAUUAAGAUGAAUCACUAACGUUAAUAUAACUGUAAGGCAAAGAUUAAUCACUUCAUCUUCUGUCUGUAUGUUGUUUGGAAACGACCGUUAACAAGUGCAAAACAUUCAUUUACUGGUUUUCAGCUCAUUUAAGAUUCAAAGUUGUUUUGUCGGUUCUUGGAAACGGGGAGAAAUGUUGAAUUUUCUAUGGUUAGUUCCAUUGUUAUGUUUAAGUAAGGGUGACCAAGGAGACGUUGAAGUUCGGCGGGAUGCUGCAGAUUUUGAUGUUGAUGCCUAUUUAGAGAAGUAUGGGUAUUUCGCACCACGAGCAGAUGAUACUGGGACACAAUUUGCUCACUCAGAACACAGCAGACGACAUGCCAUCAAAUUAUUCCAGAAGUUUGCUCAUUUACCAACAACAGGACAGAUCAACAAAGAAACAGUCAAUAAGAUGAGACAACCUCGUUGUGGUUUUCCCGACAUUAUACACACCAAUGAUCACAACCCAGAAGAUCCCCUUAAAUAUACAGCAGGACCUAAAUGGAAAAAUAAGACGGUGACGUGGAAAAUAACUUCAUAUACAGAUAAACUAGAGAUUAAUCAACAAAGAACGGCCAUAGAAAACAGUUUCCGCCAUUGGGAGAAUGCCAGCGGACUAACGUUUAUUGAAAUCAACGACACGGCAAAUAUAAACAUACAAUUUGCAUCUGGUAACCAUGGAGAUGGAAUAAAAAAUGCUUUUGAUGGUGCAGGAGGUGUUUUGGCUCAUGCAUACCUGCCUGAAGACGGACGGGCACAUUUUGACAAUGACGAGUUUUGGGUGUUUCACGAAUCCGAGGGCGCAGAAAUAGAAAUGGUUGCUACUCACGAAUUAGGCCAUUCUCUUGGAUUGAGUCAUUCGACGGUGAUGGGGGCAUUGAUGGCACCGUUUUAUCAACAAUACAAUGAGAACUUUACUUUAAACUGGGAUGAUGUUGCGGGCAUACAAUAUCUUUACGGUACUCCCGAGGUUCCCUCAUCAGAAAAAGAAGAGGAGAACACCACAUCAAGUAUAGAUGCUACAACUGGAGCAAGAGCCCCAAACACAAAAAUCGGAAAUGAAACUAAUGUGUCACAAGUCACGGUGAAACCUGACAGCACGGCUACAAAUACUACCACAAAGGCUGAUACCGUAACGAAAGUAGCAGCUGAACCUGUGUCCACUGUCAAACCUAGAGUCAGGGAUGAAAAGUUGUGCACAUCAAAGAUUGAUGCUGCUAUUCCAGGUGAAAGUGGUGAACUUCUGAUAUUUAUUGGUCCAUUAGUCUACAAACUCUAUGAAGAUUGUGAAGGAAAAUUUACCUGUGUUGUUGAUGGUUAUCCGAAAAAAAUAAAGAAAGUUUUUAAGAAAGGACCGAGACGUGUGAAAACUGCUGCAUACCUGCCGGAUAAACGGAAACGGACGUAUCUCUUCAAAGGACGAAAGGUGUGGCGAUACACUGGCAAAAGGUUAGACAAAGGAUAUCCGAAACAAAUGAGCAAACAAGACAUACCUUACAAGCCAAAUGCAGCUUACAUUCAGAAGAAUCAGUUUGCCGACUACCAAUGGUAUAUUUUUGGGGGCAAGUAUUUCUGGGAGAUGAACCUAUAUAGUGACGGGAUAACCAAUGGAGUUAUGAAGACAAAGACAUAUUGGCCUCAUGUUCCGUCCAAACCUGACGCAAUGUUGCAAACGAGGGAAGGAUCAAUCUACAUCUUCAAGGGAAAGUAUUACGAUAGGUACGACCAUAGAAGAGUUAUUCUAGACAAGAAGAAAUUGAUAGCACGUGAUUUGCUUGGUGCUGACUGUUCGGAAUAAGUCAGAUUCUACCUUUUUAUGAAAUUAGUGCUCAGUCUGGGACACUACUGAUAAUACCAGAUAAUAGAAAUAUAGUUGUUUUAUCUAAUAUAUUUCUGCUUUUGGUCUGUUUAUAGAUGUACAUGUAUAUAACUAUGACUAAUACACUCGUCGCAUACAUUGCGGAAUACAUACGUCUUUAUAUCAUUUCAUUUGUUAUAAAAGAUCAUUUCUAUAAUAAGUUAUAUGAUAUUAAAUUGUGCCUUUAAAGUUCUAUUUAAAGUUACCCGACGGUGAUGUCGUAGCACUUAACAUUUUGCACGUGUUUAUCAGCCACUACCAUGUCAUUAACGUGCAUUUAAAUAAAUUUAUUGUAUUAGUUCCACCACGGUCAAUUAUUGUGCGCGAGGUCUUAAUUUAUUCAUGUGUUACAUACUUUUCUUUUCAUGCUUAAUUGUAAAGGUGCGAAAUUCUGGCUAUAAAUUGGGAAAUUUUAUGUGUUACGAGGUGAAAUAAAAUAAAUAAGUAAAUACUGAUUUGUUAAUAAUCAAAUAUUGAUAGAGGAUUGUUGUUAAAUUAAAUCGUUGGACUAUAUUUGUAAAUGAUCAAUACUAAUCAUAGAUUGAAGUAAAUUAAUGUUUAAAGGGAUACGUGUUUUCUUUCCAAUGUCAUGGAUUAUAAAGGAGAUUCACGACACAUGUUAUGUAUGCAUAAAGUUUUGUUAUGUAUAUUUGGAUAUCAACAUUCGGAUUACUUUGGUUACUUCAAAAACAAGUAUUUAAAUGUUUUCUGAUUAGCUGUCCGGAUAUUUUGUAUAUUUAUUUCAUUAUUCGGUCCGAGAAAAUCAAUGCAGCAUGUGAAAAUUAGAAACUCUUCCAGAUAAACUUUGUGCAAUAAAAAUAAAGAAAUGUG